AUGUCUGGAAAGUGUUAUAUUUCAGAGGCAGUAAACUUAUUAGGCGGUCAUCUAAAGGAAGAGGAGUUGGAAUGGUUCUUAGGGCACCCACAGUUCAAGCAUUUCUUCCAUAUGCCUAAGGAUUCGAAUCAUAAGUUGAUGGGUAUGUGGAUGUUGUUGCUUCGCACAGCGCAUUUGGAGAAGAAAAAUGAAUGCUGGUUCAUUGUUAAUGGGACUCCCAUCCGGUAUUCUCUCAGAGAAAUGGCAAUCAUUUCUGGGUUAUAUUGCCAUCAGUAUCCAAAAUUCAAGGAUGGUUUGGGCAGUUUAAAUUUUGCUCGGAAGCAAUUUAAAGGUGGACAAAUAAUACAAUAUGGAGAUGUCAAAGCGAAGCUACUUUCGAUGAAGAAACCUUCAGAGGAUCGUUUGAAGAUGGCCGUACUGUAUUUUUUAUCUAGCGUCAUCAUAGGGAAGAAAAAGGGUGGAAAGAAUGCACCCUCUGUGGAGCCUUUCUUUCUUAGAGCUGUGGAUGAUCUUGAUUUGUGUAGAACAUUCCCUUGGGGUCGAAUGGCAUUUGAUGAGAACAUGAAAGACAUCUUUCAUUUGAUGGGACACUUUGGUGGAGUUGUGGGUCCACAGUGGGUCUUUCCUAGUUUCAUCAUUCCUUUGGAGCUUCUUGCGUUUGAAGCAAUUCCUGUGCUAAAGAACACCUUCCGAGAAGACGUUUCUGAUUCACAUGCACACCGUAACUGUCCUCGGAUGUGCAAGAUGAAGUUUAAAGCAAGUAAGAAGAAAGGUUUUUCUUUGAAAGAAAUAUAUGACCAACUUGGUACAACUAAGGAGAUUGAUAGUAUGUUAACUCCAACUCCUCGGGAGGCACGCCUUUUAGCCAUGAUCAUAGAUGAGGAUGGUGGCUGGGAUGAUGCGGAUGAUCCAGUUGCUGAUGGUUGGAGCAAACGUUUAAUUGAAAAGGACAAGUCAAUUUGGUUUGAAGAGCUUCACAACCUAGAUGUGGCCGCCCGAUCAUUUGAGGCUAAUCCGGUGAUUGAGAAUGUGGAUCCGGAUGAUGUGGAUCCGAAUGAUGUGGCUAAGGAUGAUGCGAAUUCGGAGAAUGAUAUGGUAGGAGGUAGCUUGAUUCAGCUAAGAGCUAGCUUGAUUCAGCUAGAAGAUCUGGUGAAGAAGGGGUUUAAGGAAAUCAACGAAAAAUUUGAUGACAUGGAUGCUAGGAUCAAAUCGGUGGAAACAUAUGUGAACUGGGAAAGAAAUGGAGAAGGAGUUUUUCCAAGCGAGGAAUUUGGUGCAAAUGAGUGUGACGGAGUUGGUGAAAAUGAGGCUAUAGAGGAUGCCGAGAAGGAGAAGGUACUCGGAAUGUUUAACUAG